CUUAUAUUCGUUCACUUUUACGCGACUAGACUAGACUUUGCUGUAUGACAUUGGAAAAUUCCAGAGGAUAUUAUGCUAUUUUCAUUUCUAAUACAUUAAAUAAUAUGUGAAAAUUUUUAACAUGAAUAGAAAAAUUUUUUUAAUGGUUUUUAACGUGAAAAUGUUAUAUAUAUUUAAAUCAAUAAUUUGAUUCGUUCUUGAUUGGUAACAUUUGAAUUUUAUAUUUUCCGACAAACUGUCAAACUCAAAAUAUCAAAACUAUAACCCUAACCCCACAUUUAAGAUUUGGUCAACCGUUAAUGAUAAAUGAUAUUAUUAUAAUUCCGAAAUUAUAAAUAUAUUAAAUCAAAAUGAUGAGAAAUUUGCAUGAUUUUGAACUUCCCCUGGAUGGAGAAGUGACCUUGUGUCAAAUAAACGGUCGAGUAUUUUCUAGAAAUUACGAUAUAACAAAUUUAAACGGCUUUACAACUACAUUAGAAAAUUAUCCUAAAGUUCACUUGACGAGAGAUUUACUGCAUCCUACAACUUCAGGAGAUGAAGGCAAAGCUUUAUUUUUACCAGUUAAUAUUUCUUUCCUCAAACAGUUGUCCCAAGUAUAUUAUGAACAAGGAUAUAUGGAAGCCCUACAAACAGCAGCAUCCUACAACCAUGUAUUCGUCUCAAAAUCCGCAAAGGGCCUUUUAGAUAUAUUGAAAUAUAUUAAAAAAGUUAGAGUGAUAUUAAAUCCAAAUUUACGGCACAGUGGCUCUAGUUUAAUAGCUAACUAUUCACAAACACGAAAUUGGCUAAAUACAACUGUUAGAUGCAUUGCUUGGCAUCCGUACUGCAAAAAAGUAGCUGUAGGAAUGUGUGAUGAUAGUGUAAGGAUCUUCAAUGGUGAUCCUAAUGCGAUUUCCUCAAUCUUGAGGUGCAAGAUGCAGAAACAUAUAACUUGUGUUGCUUGGAGACCAAUGUCAAAUACUGAGAUCGCUGUAGGCUAUGAAAAUGGAAUCAUUGUGUGGCAUAUAGAUCCAAAUUCAAUGAUCUCCCGACCCUCUAUUAGUAAUGCAAUUAUUUUACAAAGGGCUGACCAUAGACCUGUAAUGAGUAUAGCUUGGUCUCCCAAAGGGGACAAGCUAGUAUCUGUAGCAGCAUGUGACCAGUCUAUUUUAGUAUGGGAUGUAGAAUUAGAUAAAACUAGUACUCUUAAGAGGUCAGGGGGUUCAGGAAACCUGCUUGUGAAAUGGUCACCUACAGGAGAAAAGUUGUUUACUUGUUCCAAUAGUCUUGUUUUUAGAGUUUGGGAUUGCCGCAAUUGGGAAUGUGAAAGAUGGACAGUGCUCAGUGGAAGAGUUCAGUCUGCCUGUUGGUCAAAUUGUGGUACUACCCUACUUUUCGCAACAAAUACAGAAACCAUUAUCUAUGGAGUAAUAGUAAAACAUGAUCUAAUAUUUACAUCGGAUGCAGACACAUCUUCAAACCAAGCCUUGCCAAUGUUUGAUACAACUAAAGUUGAUAUAGACGGGGUUAUUGUCGGAGGGCUGAUUCAGAGUAUGGAAAGUGAUCCAACAGGGAAAUAUUUAGCUGUCUCGUUUCAAGAUACAGACUCUGUGGCUAUUUUUAGUAUAAUUAGGCAGCAUGGUUUACAGUUGGUAGCGAACUCAUUAGUAAAUGGGUUAGCUGAAGAAAAACCAAGCACUAUGAGCUUCCUUGUCGGUUAUGAACCAGGCGCAUGUUUGACGAUAGGAUGGUCCAGUGGUAGGAUUCAAUAUUUUCCAAUUAUUUACAGCGAUUUGUCUUCUGCUGACAAUACUCAAGUAUCUACUAGGUUUAAUUCUUUUAAUGGUUCAGUUGUGUGUUAAGACUAAAAAAUAUUUUAUAUUUUUGUAAUUGUUUGAUUAUAUAAGGAACAUUAUUAAAUAUCUA